UAACUCUAAUCUCCAAUGGCAAAAACACCAUCUGAAGAAGAGAGAGAAAUGGAUAAUGGAAACGAUGAGGAGGGUGGUGAAGGAGAAGUGGGAGCUAAAAUGGUACAGAAUAUAAAAAUAAAGUUAGUGUGUGGUAAGGAUUCAGGUUCAAGAACAGCCUCGUCGUCUAGCCACAGUUUUUGUCAGGCCGAUGAAUGUGGUGUGAACUUGAGCAUGGCCAAGAGUUACAACCGCCGUCACAAGGUUUGUGAGAGACAUGCUAAGGCUCCUGUUGUUUUAGUUUCUAGCAUUCGUCAGAGGUUCUGCCAGCAAUGUAGUAAGUUCCAUGAACUUGCAGAGUUUGAUGACACCAAAAGAAGUUGCAGGAAAACAUUGGCAGGGCAUAAUGAGCGUAGAAGAAAAGCUCGCAUAGACGUAUCCUUAGGAGGUGGUGAACAGCAUCAGUCACAUUUCUAAUUUCCUAGAGUUGUUCUGCUAUGAAAAGAUUGUUCAGUUUGAAGGAUGCAAACUGUGUAUGACAAAAAAGGAAAAGAUUGAAUUUUUCUCGGUACUUCUCUAGAAUUCUCUAGCUCUUGGAUUUAGACCAGACACCAGUGUUGCGCUAGCUCCUCUAAAAUUACAUUUACUAAGGUUUGGGGACUUCAAUUUAUCGGAAAGCGUUUACGUUGUAAAUUUAAACAUUUAUGUGUGAUUCAAUUAGAUCGUGCAAACUUUA